AUUGCUGACCCUGAGACCUGUGACCGAAUGUACGAGAGCUUAGUCAGAAUCCACACCAACUACUACAAAAACAAGUACCCACGCCUGAAAGAUACAAGUUUCACUGGAGUGACAGUAGAAGAUUGCAAGAUGAUACUAGCAACAGACAUUCUGAAACAGAUGGAAGACAUGAAAAAAGGGACAUGGAAAAAACUGCGAGAAAAGUUUUAUGCCAAGAAACCUGAAGAGGACUCCAAGUGA